UGUUGCAAUAAGCCGCGGUAUGACGAUGGCUAUAAAACGGCUACCGUUUCUGCCCGUUUCAUUUCUUUGUAUCGCCCUUUCUUCGGUAGCUGCGCUUCAAAUGUUGCGGAGUGGUUUGCUUGCCUUGUGGUGCUUCGCUUACGUCCAAGCUGCUCCGAGAGUUGCGCCAACGUUGGUAUAUCCAAGGCUACUGGAAGGCAGGUCAUCUGAUGGGCAAAAAUUGCUUCGCAUCAACGAUGACCUAACUCUGAGCCUAGAAAGGACGUCCGUGUUCUCCAACCCACUGACACUAACUACCCACGAAGGAAAUGCGCCGAAAGAUGUGGACGUAGAUGUCAGGAGCAUUGAAGAGAACCUCUAUCACGACCCGGACACGAUGUCGGCGGUGAUAAUGGACAGAUUCGACACUGGGGUCCACAUGGAAGGAAUACUAAGGGGAAACCUCCGCAUUGAACCCUCACUCGCCAGUGCCCGGUCUGCAGAUGGCCAAGUUGCACAUGCACUAUACGAGAUCGAAGAACCAACGCACGACAGCUACGCCGAUGCGCUCUGGGCUCUGGAAGGCAGAAACCUCAAAACAGAACCACGUGAGGAUGGGCCGACCUCCUUCAAAUAUCCGUCGAUUAUCUACCCGGAGCUUUUUGUGGUCACAGACUACGCACACUCAGGAACCCUCAAGGACUCAGAGCUCAUCUCAUACAUGGCUAUGUUCUAUGCUAGUGUAAAUCUGAGAUUUAAGGACUUGGCGGACCCCAAGGUACAUUUUACGGUUGGACGCAUAAGCAGACUGGGUGUGGACACUGGCUAUAUUCUGACCAAGGUAUUGAAGGAUAAGAAAGUUUACUUGAACUUCACAAGUACCUUGGGAAAGUUCAGGGCGCAUUACAAAGAGCACCAACAGGAUCAACACAUUGCUAUUUUAAUGACGGGCCUCGACAUGGUAGUUUCUACUGGGGAGAACGCAUGGUUAACGGGCGCAGCUGGAGUGGCCGUCGUUGGAGGGCUUUGCACUUCCAACUUGAACUAUGCUGUUGCUGAGGACAAGGCCCCCAUAUACUCCGGCAUUUACGUUGUUGCACAUGAGCUGGCACAUUUACUGGGAGCACUGCACGAUGGAACGGGAGAGGCGAAAGACUGCAAUUUCCAGGAUGGGUACAUCAUGGGCGCUAACCGACCAGGACCAAAUCACUACACCUUCUCAACAUGCAGUGAAGCAAGCAUGAUGGAGCAUCUACUCGGCUCAAACCAAAGCUGCUUGAUAUCUAUGUCUGAGACUUCACGCUACAUCCCAACUACAGUGAGACUGCCUGGCCAGAAUGUAACCUUGGACCAGUAUUGCAGCGACUCCUACGGGCAUUACGGCUUUGGUUUCAUGGAAGUGGACAGUAACUCCAGUUGCAAAAUGUACUGCUGCCUGAUGAAAUCCAGAUCCAAAGGCUGCAGGGCGGCAGCCGCUCCAGAUGGCUACUUAUGCAAUUCUACGCAAGGACAUGUUUGCAUUAAUGGCGUAUGCGGCAACAGAGAAGAGCUCAUGAUGUCUAAAGAGAGAGAGGAAGACACAGGAUUACUAAUGUACUAG